AAUUUUCUACAAAUUUGAUGAAGGUUUAGAACAGCUCCACUUUGGCGUCGCCGUUCCGUGAGCGAAGUUGCAGAGAGAGAGAGAGAGAAAGAGAGCCUGGCUUCUCCCAAAUCCCCUGAGAUUCUGUGUCUGCAACUCACUCUGCUUCUAUUAACUUGAAAAUUUUGUAAAUUUGGAAUUAUGGUAGGCUGGCAGCGACACUUGCAGGCAUUGGUUCAUCGAGCGGCGAAGAGAUACGAAUGUAGUCGCAAUGCUUCGUUCAGCACAUUCAGCCGUGGGAAAGCUCCUCUGGCAUCUGGUGAUGUCCCUUCUGUUUCCGGCUUGCGAAAUUCACUAUUUCCUGCUACCCGAAGCCCGCUCUAUCUAUAUUUACAAAAACUGGGGUUCACCAGUUCAAGGCGCUUACUCGCGGACUCAGCUGAAGCUACUCCAGUAUCUUCACCAUUAAUACCGGCCUUACCUUCAAGUGCCGGAGGCGCCGAGACUCAAAAGGCUAUCAUCAAGCCUAAAACAGUUCAAGCAGUUUUAAAGAAAAUAAAACAGAGUCCGAAGAAGUUAAAUUUGGUUGCCGCAUUGGUUCGAGGAAUGCGCGUCGAAGAUGCAUUGUUGCAGUUGCAAGUCACAGUAAAGAGAGCCUCGAAAACUGUCUAUCAGGUUAUACAUUCAGCUCGGGCAAACGCAACUCAUAAUUAUGGAUUCGAUCCGGACAAGCUUCUUGUUGCCGAGGCGUUUGUCGGGAAGGGGCUGUUCAAAAAACGAGUAUCAUAUCAUGCCAAAGGUAAGUGUGGAAUAAGAGUGAGGCCCGAGUGCCGGCUGACUGUGGUUCUCCGGGAAAUAACUCCGGAAGAGGAGGCUGAGAUUGCGAAACUUAAGGUGCACAAUUUCCGUAAGCUCACUAAAAGAGAGACACGGCUUGUCCCGCAUCAGCUCAUAGAGACAACUCCCGUGUGGAAUCGCAGUCGCAAGAGCAAUCCGAGAAGCCACGACUCCGGUCCGAUGGCUUCGUGAUCGUCGACUCCGCCGCCGGAGCUCCGGUAACUUUCUGAAAGACUUCGUCUACUUCCUUUUUUUUUUUUUUUUUUUAUUUAUAAUCAGCAGCAUCAGCAUCACACAUUGCUCUCUACUUCUUUGCUAUUUUAUAAGUCACUGAAAAGAUUUAUAUGUUUCUUACAUUCCCAGAUUUUUAGUUA